UGACCUUCAUCCCUGUUGGUAAUUAACUGAAUCAGUUUCAUUUCCUAGGGAAAGAAACAAAUUGAUUCCCCAUCCUAACUGUGCAGCACUGUUCUGCGAGCUUUGUAUCAGCAGGGGUUUACAGCAUGUUUACAUAGGUUGUGUUCUUUCAGCAGCUAUUUAUAUUUUUGGCACAACUGCCUUUCAUCUACACAUAAAUUUUCUUUUUUGUUUCCUUUUUGCUUUAUCUUGUAAAUUAUUCUGUUGUUUUUUAAUCUUUCUUGGAAGCAAGAUUUAUCUUGGAAUGCACUGAACUGUCACAUUGUUAAAGUGGACAAAUUCUAGCUAUCUUCAGAGAGUUCCCCUCCUGCAAGGAACAUAAAAUCCAUAGCUUUCAAUAUGGAUCGGGCAGCCUGUUCCUACUAUUUCAUGGCUAGAGAUGGUCUGAAGUGGCUUUACUGACCCAAAAUAUUUGUUGAAAAGUACUUGGAUUCCAUUUCUGUGCCUCUGGGUUUCAAAGCUUAUGGGAACCCACUGCUCUGCCUGAGGACCAGAGAGUCCACUGCGCUGGUCAUCCGGGCCCCUCGUGUUCAGCUCUGGGGCAGCUCUUCUGCUGUGCUGGUGUGCUUGGGCUGCUUAAGGAAUAUGGGACAGGAAUGCCAUCCCUGUAGUCUGAUUGCCUAAUCACAUAAAAUGGACAACAUCCUGUGCUGACAGCCCCUGGAGUGUAGACCAUAGACACCUGAAAUCCUGAAACUAUCAUCACAGCUUUGCUUUCAGUGUAGGAAAUCUGCAAAUGAUGAGAAUCUGGCCAGCUCAAUUUGUCUAUGCUGGGAAAGGUGGGAGUCUCAAUGACUGUAGUCCCUCCACUUGCUCAGCCUCUUUAUGCUGGUAGAAGAGAGAACAUACUGAUAAAAUGAUACUACUAAUCAAUCCUAAUCAAUGCUUCAGAGGGAUCCUCACUCUAUUACAACAAAGCCAAUGUUGAAUCAGCCCAAAAGUGCCUGUCUUGGGUUUUGCACAAAGUCAACUAAAUAUGUGUACUCUCCUUUUAAAGGCAGGACCAUAUUCCAGCUUGCAGAAAAGUAUCCCAAGUCUCGUUCAUGCUACCGGAGUGUGAAUUGCAUGUAGCACUACCAGGCAGUUGUCAGUCUGCUCCGUUUCUACUCACAUGGGAGCUGCUGGGCUGCCCUAUGCCAUUAGCCCCUGUAGCAGAGAGGAGGCAGCUGUAGGAGCAGCAAAGAGAAAGCUUUCUGCAGGCUGGAGGUUUUGCCCCCCUCCCCCACAGUCAAGGUUUUUACAGCUGCUCCCAUAGUCACCACAGAGAGAAAGAUAUAUACACUCAUAUACCAACCCACAACAAACCCACACAGGCAGAGCUGAGAAGCUCUCACCAGGAAGCUGACUUACGCUAAACCUCUCCACUCUUUCUCGUCACACUGCAUCUGGGUCUGCUGUCAGUGCUGCCUCCAGAUGAACUAGACCCAGUUGCCAGGACUAAUUUGGCCUGAAUGUGCAGUGGUCUCUGGUUACUUCUUGAGGUUUUGGGUUUUUUUGUCCUUUCAAGAAUAUAAUUGUUCUAAUCUGCUAAAAAAAAGUCCAUCUGAAAAAGCCAAGAACACAGAACGCCACUCUUCUUUUUUUCUUCCCCUGUCUCGUCUAGAAUACUUGACUUCCGUAACGUUUAUUUUCAACAGCCACUUUCAGCUUCCUGUCUCUGCAGUGUUUCCACCUGUGGAUGGGGCAGAAGUGCAGCUGUGGCAUCUUGUGGAGGCCAGCUUUAGCAUGGGAUUUAUCCUGAAGAAAAUACUUGCAGAAGAAAAAGAAACGUCGUUUGACUCACUGAAGAUUUAAAACCGACAGCACCACAGAGCCAUGUGGGACAAAAGGGGAUUUUAGUCUCAAGUGGCAGAAUCAAGUCAUAAGAAGUAAAGAGAUUUGGAUGGUUUCUCACUAAAUGGAAGUUAUCUAGAAAGCCUCUGAGACCACUGCAUCUCUCCAUCCCACUCCUGCUGCACGGAGACGGCACUCUUGGCUUUGGACGUUAAUAAAAUGCUGGAUUCAGUCAAAUGUGUCCUGGUGGGAGACUCUGCGGUUGGGAAAACAUCUCUUUUGGUACGUUUCACCUCUGAGAUGUUUCCAGAUGACUACAGACCCACCGUAUAUGAAAAUACUGGAGUGGAUGUCUUCAUGGAUGGUGUGCAGAUUAGCUUAGGCCUUUGGGACACAUCUGGCAGUGAUGCCUUCAAAGGCAUUCGCCCCCUUUCAUACCAACAGGCAGAUGUGGUAUUAAUGUGCUACUCGGUGGCAAACCAUAGUUCCUUUCUGAACCUGAGGAACAAAUGGAUCGGCGAGAUCCGCAGCCAUUUGCCCCGCAUCCCCGUUUUGGUGGUGGCCACUCAGACUGACCAGCGUGACACGGGUCCGUACCGUUCCUCCUGCAUCAGCCCGAUAGAUGGGAAGCGGCUCGCCCAGGAUGUGCGAGCCAAAGGCUAUUUGGAGUGCUCUGCCCUCAGCAACCGAGGGGUGCAGCAGGUGUUUGAGUAUGCUGUGAGGACAGCAGUCAAUCAAGACAAAAGGCGGAACAGGCGGAAGCUCUUCUCCAUUAACGAGUGCAAAAUCUUUUGAGGACUCUCAGCGGUGUUUUUGCUCAUGUUCGUUCUUUCUGUUUUCACACAAAGAUACUGCAGCAGAGAGAAUGGGAGGUGAAUCAAAGGAGGGCUCUUGGCAGGACCACAGCGCAGGUGCCUCAUGAGACAGAUGUGCUCUCUAUCUGAUUCUCUCCUCCCAAACACACAUGGGCACUACCUUGAAAAACAAAAGGUGCAAGUUCCUGCCCUUAUUCCCAAGCCUGUGUUUGGACUUUGCUAGCCUGGACUGGAGCAGGCCUAGCCUGGAGAUCUGCAGAUAACAGCUGUGCUGAUUUUGUUGUUGUUUCUGUUGAUGUUCCUCAGUUGAUGGUUUGUCUGCAUCUGCGUUUAUUUAAUGAUGAACUUCUGCCUGGAUCAACCCCUACCUCUGUCCACGUGGAUUUUUUUCUUUAAGAACUUGGUAUAUAAAAUCUGACCACUGUGUAUUCUA